AUGUCGGCCCCGCGCGGCGUCACGUCGCAGAUGGCGAACGAGGUCGACCGUAGCGCCCAGCGAGAGCAACCACCUUCUCUUGCAGACCUUCCUUGGAACAAUCCCGCCGUGACGUACACACCCGCACACUACACGCGUCGAAAUCUGCUGCAGGACCGGCUUUUGCAGAGCAACGAAUAUCAUCGCCGGCGAGUCAGGGCAGUCAUUGAGUUCUCCAGAGAUUUAUUGAUGCGGCUUGGACAGAACCAGGACGAUGACGACCUGAUACUAUACAUGAUAUCCAAAGAUCGCCUUCACGACGCAUGGAUUGAUAUCUUCCUUACAACGCCUGACUACUAUCUGCAGAUGGCACCAGCUGAGAUUCAAGAAGUAUACCAUAAGCAGAUUGCAUCAAUGUCAAAUGGGGUAAAGAUCAACGAGGAGUAUACCCUGGGUCGACCGAGAAAGCGAAAAGCUUCUGAAACUGAGAACGGGGUCCAAGUACUUCGCACAGCUAAUGCAGUUAACAACGCAGAAGGACAAGUGCAUGAGUCUGGUAAGCGACCCCACCACGAGAUCUCCGCACUGGCAGAAGAAUCACAGUCUCAGCAUCGCUCGUCACUACCCUCCGAGAGUCUACUUUCAGCUUGUUCGUCGCAGGAGCUGGACCGCAUCUUAGACAUGUUCAUGCCAGCUCUGAGCGCUCAAGUUGCUAUCCCCACAAAUGAUCCGAUAGCGUCUGCGCCAGAGCCGGUGCUCAACGCGAUGGCGGUCGCACCGGCAGUGGUAGUAGCACCUCCAAGUCAGCCCGUGAUCCCGGUAGCUAUGCCUCCAACAGGCGUAACCCCCCAGCCUGGCUUAGCGGACCCCAUUGCUGCUUACAUGGCUGGUAACCCCUUCAGAAACACACAAGAUAUCGCCGGUCAGGGAUGUGCAGGCAUUGCAAUGUCCCGUGGUCAGAUCCGUGCCUUUGUCGAGAUUCAAGGUAGACCAUUGGCAAGCCUUCCACCCGCGGCCAACUCCCACCAUCGUCAUGAGCUGAGGGGUGUGGCUCCACCAAAAACGGUUGAUCCUACUUUGAUCAACUGUGUCACGACUGCGCAGGAAAUUCUCACUGUAAGUCUACUGCUCCGAUCUGAAAAGCGCUCACUGAUACUCGAUCAGUUUCUUCCAUUUCAGACCGUGAACUACGAGCUCUGGGAUCGCAUUCGGAAGUCCUGGGCCCCAAAGGCAAUCGCUGAUCUCAUAGCCUAUGUUCGUCAGCUACGCUCGGGUAAGAGCUUCCACCGGACGACCUUCCACCACUAUCACGAUAACCGACCGGAAGACAUACCAGAGCAUACUUUCACCACGAACGUACCUUCAAACAUGUCACCGAGAGGGAAACUGGACAAAGAUGCCCGCACCUGGCCUCUUCACGACUACUUCCUUUACCAUCUGGGGGACGGAGUAGUGCAUUACCCCGCUGGUCGCAACGCACAGCUCAUGACGCACUGCGUUUGGCAUGUGCGGAAUGUAUCCCAUGACAUGGAUGUCAAGAUGUCGGAGAUCGUCCAGUAUGCAGCGAAGCACGGCAUAUCCGUUCCCGCUGCGGAUCUGAUUCAGCCGGACACAAACGUGGUAUUGGAAGACACGCCUUCGCCGGCCUUCCUUGCUAUGAUCCACAAACAUUUUGUGAGCAACUCCAACAUCGCCCAAACAAGAGCAAGCGACAUUAUGAAUCAGAAUAACGACCUCGCGAAUAGUGCGGCGUCUCCUUCAGGUGGCUCAGGCUACACGCUGAGUCACAUCGUCAGUCAUGGCGGUGAUAACCCUACUCAAGUCCAAGACUAUCAAGCGUCAGAUGAACUGACUCGCAACGGACUGCGCGCUGAGGCAGCGUUCAAUACACCCAUGGUCCAGCUGAUCAUCAAGGACUUCUGCGACUUGAGCGAGCGACUGGAGCAGAUCGGGGCCAUGGUUCCCACACAGAGUGGCCUACAUUACUGGGUUAGCGACUCCGCCAACGGAAGGGGUAUCAUCGUUGCCGAGUGUGUCGAACUCUUGAGGUACGCGCCCGGAUACACCGUGCGCGUUCCGCAUGACGUGCGAUUAGCAUUUGAAGCCCUCAACACCCUCGAACUCGUAAACCAAGCUAUGUAUCACAGCCUCUCGGGGUAUCUACGAUACCUCGAAGCCCAACAGCCGGCGCAGGCUCUCCAAGCUUACCAACCACCACCACCACCUAUUCUACUUAAACGCCAGGACCAGAUCGUUGUACCGCAAGGACCUAGAACGUCCGGCGUUCGGUCCAGUGGUUCCGCUGGUAUCCAUCGGUACGAGUGGCCAGAGUCUCGUAAACUUGCCUGGCUUUGCAUCACCCCACGUAUGGUUCUACCUGAGAAGGCUUUAGAAUCUUCAUACUGUUCCUUCAACAGCGUAGCGCUGUGGGACCAUGUUGACGUCCGACUGAUUGGACCCAACAUCGAGGUGACUCUUGUGGAGAUCGCUGCGCUUAGUGUAGGCGAUUUACGGGCCCAUUCCGCCGGCAGUAUGAAGAAGCAUCGACGAGAUGCUCGUAGUCACAUUUGCGCCGCCGCCGGUCUUACGCUCUCUGCGAUCAAUACCGAUCGUGUGAACUCAACUACUGAGUUCUGCGAUCUUCGCGACUGCUUCCUUGUCAGCCUGGGCGACGGACUAGUAUACUGGCCUGGAGGAGCUGAUCAGGGGGUGCUGACCCUUGCUGUCUGGCACGCUCGUCGACACGGCCAUAAUAACGUACGACUAUCUCAACUUGAGCGUUACGUCGAACAAGUACAAGAGGAAAUGGUUAAACUAUAUGGUCCUCUUCCACAGCCUAGUCCCCUUGGUCUCUAUCAGACUGAUUUCCAGGCGCUGGAGCGAAUCUUUCCGCAGCAGACUUACGAUGCGACUCGGGUUCAUGAUCCAACGUACGAUGUCGUCCGAAAGUGGUGGGCAGCGGGACGACUUUUGCCAGACCCUAUACGGCGGAAGAGCGAUGCAGACACCUAUGACGGGUCUCUAGACCUCUUCCAGCGCACAAUGCUCGGUAUACCUAGCACAACAAUGUCGGAGGACUGCUAUGUGAACGCAAUUGCCCCUCCAGGGGAGUAUAUGCGCCACCUGAGCGAAAGCACCACAUACCUGGAUGUACAAGGACUAUUCACAGGCCCAGGAGAGUACGAUACCUACUUUGAUGACACGAACUCUCUGGGAGUUGGGGGAGAGAACUUCGGCCUCGAGAGCUGGAAUACGGCGUCCAGCAAGCCCGCGAUCGUCAACCGUUCACAGUGCACUUCGAAGCGCACCGCUCAAGUCCCGCGCGCGACGACCAACCAGGCCACGAUCAGCUCCAGCAUCAACACCGCCUUUCCAGCAUACGACUUUGACUAUGCGAUAGCUUAUCCGCAUAGGAUAGACGAAUUCGAAAACGCUACACCGCCCUUCCCAUACCCGCAGUCGCUUGCAGGAGACAUCACAGACGUCGGCUUUGAUACUCUCAAUCAACAAAUCCGGAGACGUCCGCAGCUGGGCUUCGACGAGAGGAGCCACGGACAGUUCGCAUCUAAGUCAUUUUCUCGUCUUCAGAAGCCUCGGAAUAACAUUGCACCUACGGGGCUCACUCUUCCGCAGGAUUCAGCCCAAACGUUCCUCUCUCCAGAUCCGUUCCACAGCGCACAGCCUCAACUUCUCCCCGAUUGGAAGGGCGCACCGGUGCCAGAGAAGAACACUGUGAAGGAGGACUCUAGUCGGAUGAUGGCGAAGGAAACGUGGUUGUCUUUGCUGUGGCACACCAGCAUAGAACUCACCGACUGGGUGAGCGCCGCGCACUGUUUGUAG